AGGGCGAUUCGGCUGCCAUGCCGUGUAUGUACCUCGAUCGCGGCCAGAUUCUGCGAGUCUGGUUUCAGAUCGAAGCGAUGCGGGCGAGUCAGAAUGCGUGUGGGUACACCACCACGAGCCAGAGGGCCUGCAUUACCCUGUUCGGACGGGCUGGUGCUGAUCCGGUCCCUCCCUCUCCGCCCGCUCGAGAAAUACACACGCAACUUCACCAGGCCGAAACGAGCCGAUGGAGGGGGGGUAAGCCAGAUGGUAUAGCGAGGGUGUCCUCAUGUAUGCACCGAAAACCGUUGUCUUAUUGCUAUGAUGACCGUGCUGGUUUUUUGAUAUGAUGUGGGCUGCAGUACAGGUUUUUUUUUCUUCUCUGUUACUCUGCUGCUCCUCCUUCAUGCACCCCAGAUCUACGUCGAUAAUUGAGAAAAUAAUAAUUUAUGUUAUUGUUGGGCUGCGAUUUGCAAUGCGGUUGGUCGGUCGUCUCUCAAUUUGGACUGCGCCGUCAAUCAUUUUGGUACACAACAAGUCUUGUGACUUGCGACACUUGCAUAUACACAUGUACAUACAUAUGUCUAGGUGGAAGAUCAGACACGCGUUGAGUAUUGCUCGCCACCUGUACGAUUUUUACGUGCAUGUAAUGCAUUAAGGCCAACUCCUCAGCGACAAAACUCAACACUGCCUCGUAUGUGUUACCAGCAACGCACAAUGACGGCUGGUCUAGAUUCCGCAACACAAACCUGACCCGCGACGAUGUCGGCAGUCCACCGUCCACCGCCCACCCCUAACCAUCCUACACGCAUUCGACAGAGUGAACCAGUGGACCUGCAUCAGUCUUCGGAUGCCCUUGCCUACGCUCCGCCCUAUCGGGCGCUUCACUGUGAGUUGAGCAAGGGAAACCCAGGGACAUCGCAAUCUGGACUGCAGCACCACAGUACGGCAAUUUGGUGGGCAGACCCCGGCCUGACCUUGCUUGCUCCAGCACCAGGCUUGCCGCACGAACAAUGUGGCACCCCUCCACAUUUCUCCACACUUUCCCGCGCUCUCUUUGCAUGUUUUUGGUUAUUGACAGUGAUGGGUCCUUCAUUUGCGUUAUAUGGCGGAGGCAGAGCAAAACCUGGAUUCUGUGGAGUCACCCCACAAUCCGACUGCUGCUGCAUUGCGGCACGGACGCACGGUAGAGAGUGCACGCGGAGAAAUAGCUGCAACUGCAUGCAUACAUACUUCUUCACCUCAUGGAUAUCUGCCAAAACUCAUGUCUGGGGAGGGGUGAGGUUUGAGAGUGGUUCAGGAUUGCUGGCGUGUCGUCGACGGGGCCUGUGA